CUUAUGUUACGGAUCUUGCCUUGGCUUCCACCUACAUUACUACAUGCUCACAUUCCUAUAUAACCACUCUACUCAACAGACAAAUUAGGAUCCACAAAAUGGCUUCUUGGGUUAGAACAAUCACUUCUCCAUUCAGAAAAGCUUGUACUUUCUUCAACCAACCUCGAGACAAGAAGUCCCAACAAGGGAGACAAGAAAAGUGCAUCAUGGAUUUGCAAGGGGAAGUGAUGGCUUGUGCUUAUGAGGAUGUGCAAGUCAUGUGGUCUAUUUUGGACAAGAACAAGCCCACCACAUGCACUCUUACUUCAUGAUUUCACAACUCAUACUAGAAUUUAAUAGGAUGAUUAUUAUCAUUAACUUUUUACAAAAGAAAAGGAAUUGUAUAUAUAUAUUAUGUAUUGGAAAUCGAAGUGUUUGUCUAUGUGGCUGGAUAAAUGAAAAACAGCCCAAAGAUGGAUGUAUUCUGGUUUAGACCUUUUUGAUGCCUUUUUAAUGGGCAAAUUAAAUCAACAGCCAAUGGAAAUAUGGUUAGUUGAUUUAUUUUUCAUUAUUUUUUGUUUUUUAGGGACAAUAGUUAGUAGUUUUUUUAUUUGGCCAUUUGAUUGUGCUCUAUAGUUUGGAGAAUCCUUGUGAUCAAGUGAAUCAUGGUGAGAUUUAUGAUACGAAAGUAUUGUUUUUGUGAUGAUAAAAAA